AAGCACGAUGGCUGCGGACAGUGUUGUGCUACAGUCUCUGGUGGAGGAUUUUGUCUCUGGACUUCAGGACAGCAAGGCUAAGGAGGCCUCUAAAGGUGUUAAAGAUGGACAGUUCACAAUGCUGCAGCUGGUGGAAGCACUCGGAGUCAGCCUGACUAGUUCUCAGCCUCACACCCGAGCCCGAGGCGUCCGUCUACUGUCUGACGUUUUACAGGAGAACUACGCAGAGCUCACAGAGAGAGAAGUGGAGGUGCUUAUCGCUUUCUAUGAAAACCGCCUUAAGGACCAUUAUGUUGUCACUCCACCAGUUUUACACGGGCUGCAAGAGUUGUCAUUAAUGCUUGCUGAGAGAGCAUGCGUCUACAACAUGCUCAUCAACCUCAUGGAAAGCAGAGAAGCUGAGCUGAAGAGUUUAGGACCGGACUUUGUUUUUGGUUUUGUUCAAUCAAUGGAUGGAGAGAGGGAUCCUCGCAACCUCCUGUUAGCCUUCCACAUAGCCAGUAACAUCAUUCUGCAAGGAUAUAAUUUAGGUACAUUCACAGAGGAGCUGUUUGAAGUGACGUCCUGCUAUUACCCCAUAGACUUCACUCCUCCUCCCAAUGACCCACACGGUAUCACCAAAGAGGAAUUAAUUCUGGCACUGAGGGCCGUCCUCACAGGAACUCCUAAAUUUGCAGAGUUUCUGUUACCUCUCAUCAUUGAGAAGAUGGACUCAGACAUUCAGAGUGCUAAGCUGGACUCGCUGCAGACUCUGGCUGCUUGUAUGUCACAGUAUGAAGAGAAAGAUUUAAGAGAAUUCCUCGAGGGCCUAUGGAGGUCAUUGAAAAGAGAGGUGUUUCAGACAUCGAGUGAGAAGAUAGAGUCUGCAGCGCUCGGUGCUGUCACUGCACUGACUUCCUGUCUGUCUCGAUCAGUCCUCCGCUCUGACGCUGAAGACACCCUCAGCACCUUCCUGGAUCUUAUUCUCAGAGACUGUAAGCAUCAUCUGUUUGAGCCUGACCUGAAGCUCGUAUGGCCCAGUGCCAAGCUGCUCCUGGCCUCCUGCAGCGCCUCACACAGGGCUAGUUAUGUCUUAACAGCCGCCAUCAUGCCGUCUUUGAUCGAGCAGUUUAACAGCAGAACACAGUGUUCUCACAAACGGACGUUGUUGGAAGUGGUGCAACAGUUCAUCCAAUCAGUACAAUCAAGUCAGUCUUUAGAUAUUGAGGAGAGUGUGUUUUUAGAGUACAGAGCAGCUCUGUGCAGCAUGGUGUUCUCAGCUCUCUGUGAGAGUAACUCCAGCCUGUGCAUCACUGCUGCUUCUGUGCUCACCUCACUAGCACAGCAAACAGGUCUGUUGGUGGAUCCUGAUGUCCAGCUGGCUGUAAAUCAUCUGACCAGACAGCUGCUGACAGAGCAGGACGAGAAAGUCAGUUCUGCAGUUUUAGAAUGUGCCGGAGCCUUAGCAGAGCAGCACCCAUUGGCCUUCACCACUAAACUGAUCCCAAGGCUGAAGGAGGAGAUGUUUUCAGAAGCUUCUGAGCUACAUUCCUGUCCUGCAGUGCGUCAGCAGUGUUUAGCUGCUCUGGCAGCGGUUUCCAUCCAACCCAGUGUUGUCCAGGAGAGUGCACCUGUCCUACUAGAUGUCCUGAGUUCAGCACAUGCAGGUAGUGCUCAUUUCUCUGUGGAUGAAGUGGUGCUGUCAUGCCGCAGUCUGCAGAGGAUAGCAGAACAGGUUCUGGACACUGAGGAGGCGGGGCUAUGUUUCCAUAAUGUCAUCAUCCCGCGCCUGCUGUCUCUGGCAGUGCAGGCUGCACUGCAGAGUGAGCAGCACAUCCAAUAA